AUGUCUACUCUUGGUGCAGGAGUACUUCACUGGGACACUGAUGGCAGUGUAUUGUCCGAAGAACAGAAACGGUUCUAUGAGAAGAAUGGUUAUCUACUUAUUAGAAACUGUGUGCCUAGCUAUGAGCUUGAACGUUAUAAAGACAGAUUUAAGGAUAUCUGCCAAGGUAAAGAUGUGCCACCGAAUAUGACAGUCAUGAAAGACGUAACGAUUGCAAAGUCGGAAUACGUUGAUGGUGAGAAGGCAAUUACAAAACUGCAAGAUUUCCAAGAUGAUCCUGUUCUAUUCGACUAUUGUCAAUAUAAAGGAGUCGUUGACGUUGUCAAAGAUCUGAUUGGAACAACCAAGAGCAAUUUGAUGGCAAUGCACACCAUGUUAAUCAAUAAGCCACCCGAUAGCGGUACGGUAGCAUUUAUCGAUUGA